AGAUAUAAUAUCUUAUCAAAAUGAGUACAUCUAAAUCACAGACCUAUAUCAUAUAGAUCUAUCUAAAUGUCUCUAUAAGUUAUAACAUAAACAUAAUAUAUUAUUUAGGUCUUAUACAGAUCUAUAUGUCUAUGGACGUAUGGUACUAACAUAGAAUUGAUUGUUACUCUUACUGGACGCCUUAUUAUGAAGAUGUUGCAGCUUGAAACAUUAUUGCAAGCAAAAGACAAAUUACGCCAGCAAAUAAAAGCGAAUUUGAAUAAACUGUCUCAGAAAGAAAAAGACAUACAAUCUACAGUAGUUGUCAAUAAGGUUUUGUCAUCAAAAGUAUUUCAAGAAUGUCAAAGGAUCUCUAUAUAUCUGCCGAUGAAGAAUGAGGUGAACACUCUACCUAUUUUGAGGGCAAUGUUGAACAAUGGGAAACAGUGUUUUAUCCCACACUAUCAUAAUGAUGACAUGAUUAUGUCGAAAUUAGAAUCUUGGGAGCACUAUGAAAAACUGCCAAUCAAUACUUGGGGUAUUAGGCAGCCUACUCAUUUUGAUUUAUCAAAUGAUGCUAUUUUGAAUGGUGGUUUAGACUUAAUUUUGAUGCCAGGAUUAGCUUUCACUAAAGAUGGUAGAAGAUUAGGAAGAGGGAAAGGUUACUAUGACAAAUAUCUACAGAAAUGUGAAGACCUGGGUCUGCAACCUAAAACAGUUGCCUUGCUUUUUAAAGAACAAUUAGUUGAUAAUGUACCUAUUUCUGAUAAUGAUAAAUUAGUUGAUUUUGUAUUUUAUCCAUCUGAAGAAGAAAUGUCAACAUCUUACAUUUUCUAAUGCUUAACUUUUGCUUAACACAAAUAUAGCCAGUACCUGUAGUCUGUUAUAUUAUCACUUAAGCCUUAAUUACAAACACAGAUGUUUAAAAUACAACUCCAUUUUAUUAAUAUGAACAAGAAUACUGCUAACACACUAAUGACAUAUUUGCAAAAAACACAUGAAUACACUGAACAUUAGAACAAGGGAGUCUACAUAAAAAGCAAAACAAAAGACACACACAACAUCCUCCUCAUUCUGGAGUUAAAUAUAAAUAAACACAAAUACACAUAUACCGGUACAUGUAACAGAGUCAAAAUGACUUUUUUUGUUGUUUAAUUACUUGAAAUUAAAGCAGGACAACUUUGUGCCUUGCUCAGUUACCUUAGUGAUGGGUUAUUCUUGAGAGAUGUUCAUGAUACAUGAUGGUAUUUCAUAACUAACAGAAAUAGGAUGAAGACAUAGAUAAAGAAAAAGGUAUAUUACUACAUGAGCCAAAAUUGUUUACUGUAUGUUUAAAAAAUGAUGUAUUUAGCAAUCCCAGGUGAAAGCAAGAGUCAUGAAAGUUGUGUUGAUUGAUGGCCUACUCAAUGGUAGCUUUUGUCUUCCUCAAGCCGAAUGGUUGGCUAUUGGAUAGAUUGAACUUGGUAUCACUUUCCCUUAUCUGUUCCUUGAGUUUUGUUAUAGGGGUGGUAUGACAGUUAGUGUUACCAAAUCCCUCCACUUUUCCUGUUCAGCAGCUGUUCUUAGCAAGAUAUCGAGAGAGAGGCCAGUCCAUUCUUUUACAUUAUCCAGCCAGCUUUUCUUUGGACAACCCUUUCUUCAUGCUCUUUCCACUGUACCUUGAAGAAUGACUUUUGAUAGUCAUGUUUUACAAUAUAACUGAACCAGCUCAACUUUCAUCUCUUCACAGUAUUGAAGAGUUAUUCCUUUUCGCCAGCCAGAGUGCUGACUUGUAAAAGUGCAAAUUUGUCCUCUUUUCUGUAGCAUUUACUCUCAAAGGCUUGAAGUCUUCUAUCAGCCUCAGUGUUCAGUGUCCAAAUUUCACAACCAUAUAGUAGUACAAAGACCACUAGCGAGGAAAACAGGUUUAAUUUUACUGGGAAGCUGAUGUUACUCCUGCAGAUUUUCCACAGUUUGUUCAUGGCAGGGUAUGCCAAGCUUAAACAGAUUUUAAUCUCUUUUAUUAAUCCUCCAUGUCUUGUUAUGCAUGACCCUAAGUAUUUAAAUGAGUCAACUUUAAUGUGUAGCCAUUCAAUAGUAUUCAUUCCUAUCUCCACCACAAGUAUUUUGCUCUUUUCAGCACUGAUUUCUAUGCCAAAUGCUCUAGCUGCAGCUUUCAGUAUUGAAGUAAGAUCUUGUAUCUGGUCUUCAUUUUAUCCAAUGAGGCCUAUAUCAUCUGUAAACCUGAGAUUGGAAAUAGGUCGCCUAUUUAUGGUCAAGCUAAGAGUCAAUCCUUCCAUAGCUUCCAUCAUAAUAUGCUCCAGAAAUAAGUUAAAAAGAGCUGGAGAGAGAAUGCAUCCUUGCCGCACUCCUAUGGAUGUCUAAAACUUUCUCCAAUUCGGUUGUUCAGAAGUACUAACUGUAUUUUGAGAUAGGGCUUUGAGAGCAUAAAUGUUUUUAUCUAUGUUGAACUCACUCAUCACUUGCCACAUGCCACCAUGGCAAACCUUGUCAAAAGCUUUUGAAGUCUAUGAAGUUGUGUACCCGUACUGUUUCUUUUAGUGUUGAAAGGAUUUUUCAUUAAACUUUUUCACUAUGAAUAUAAUUUUGUUUUUAAAAUAAAUUUAUCUAAUCUAUAGCAUUACAUUAUCUAGUUAUAAAAUCAGCUUUUAUAAUUAAAUGUAUGAUUAUUUCCUAUUGUUUUCAUGUAGAUAUUACUUUUUUUUAUGUUUAAAUCUUCCAAACGUUUAUGGUAAAAAUGUACUGAUGGGAAGAACAGUUUUUAACCAUCAGCAUGUUGAUGGUUUCCCUGUUUCCAAACAAUUUGGAUUUGGUUCAGGAAAUUUUUACUGUAGGCCUAAUCGUUAUGCAUUUAAUUUUUUUUUAUAGCCUAUACAUUCCAGUCUGGUCAGUAUUAUGUAUAUAAAGCAAUUAUAUGUAUAUAUAUACCAUAUAUGUAUAUGUUGAUUAAAUAGAUACUGGUAUUUUAAUAUACAAAAUAUAAAGAUGUGUUAUAGUA